UAUCACUAGUUAGCUAGCAGUGUGCGAUGCCUGCGGCGCACUUUUCGCUGGCGUUGCGAGCUGGCUAACCAAAUGUAGGUACUACCUAUUUACCAGAGGUAAAGGAGGCAAAAUGCAGACUGAAGCCUGAAGGGUCGAGCAGGGUUGCAUGAGCAAGCUGCUAAGUCGUCAAAUCAAAUGCCAUGACCAAAGAUUCUGCUUGACAGGAGCUACAUAGGUAGUACAUACCGUACAUGCGGCAUCGCCUUAGUCUCCUCCAACACUCGCAAGGUCCGUGUCUUCUGCUUUCCCUUCGAGAACCUGGUGAAGAUGUGUCACAUUUGAGGCGGUGUUGCAUCCAUCGGGUGACGCCACAAUAUCUGUUCUUAGAGGGACUUUGAAGGGCUUCCUUGGACGAAGGAGAAGCCCUAUUAGGCUCAGGGGCCCUAAAGGCAAUAUUUCACGAAGAACGCAGCUUGCGCCGAAGCUACAAUGAGAGGCAAAGGAGUUUUGGUGGUGCUUCUACUGGUGUUGAGCUGCUAUGCUGAGCUGACUGCCUCACAAGACAACAGCUCUCAGCAGCUGGCCACAAACGGCACGUGCCUUGCUGACGCCCCUUGCACCUGCACCAAUGGAAAAGCGGGCAAAACCCGCUGCGGCGACACCGCUGCUGACAUCACUUGCAAUUGUGGGCGCGGCUUUCACUGGAGCAAGACCGACACAAUCAUCACCAUCUGCGUGUGCCUCGCUUUUGGCAUGCUGGCCAAGACAGUUUGCCUGGUUGUUUAUCUGAGGCACCGGUACCUGAAGAAGGGCAGGAAGAGCGCCCAGUUGAUGCUAAGCGAUCCUAAUAAGUCAUCCCCCUCCGGGUCAGGUCCGUUCAUUGGCUCCAAUCUCGAGAAAGGGGGGGCCGGCUAUCAGCCCAUGGCGGGGACCCCCUCUCAGACGAGCUCGGAGAGUUUCGGAAACCAGGAGGCGAAACCGUUACACAUAGCCAUCGAUCUGGAAAACAAGAAAUGGCAGCGCGGCACGAUCGGCGACACUCUGAAGCGCAACGCGCAGCUCGCCGCAUAUUCGGACUCUUCGUCCGAACAGUGUGAAAAUCCACAGCUUCGGACGCCUUCAGAUACUACUCAAACCCCUAGAGGGUUUAACCUGGAGGGGUUAAGCGGGCAUGUGCCGUUGCUUUUCACGUUCACAGCGCUCCAAAACGCGACGCAGAACUUCAGCCCCACGCUGCUGGUCGGGGAGGGCGGGUUUGGCCGGGUUUACUACGGGGUUCUGGAUAACCGCGAGGUCGCGAUCAAGCGGCUUGAGAAGGUGACGGCACUGCCAGGCAAGCACGGAGAGAAGCAGUUCCGCGUCGAAGUUGACAUGAUGAGCCGACUGAAGCACCCCAACUUGCUGGAGUUCAUUGGCUACUGCGCGGACAAAGGGGAGCGCGCCCUGGUGUAUCCGCUUAUGGUCAACCAGAGCCUCUUCAGACGACUGCAUGAAAGGCCUGCCCAGACCGCCCCGUUGGGCUGUUUCAGAAGGGUCACCAUAGCUCAUCAGGCGGCACGUGCCCUUGCGUACCUCCACGAUGACGUCUCGCCCCAGGUUAUUCACAGGGACUUCAACAGCAGCAACGUCCUUCUGAACGAGAGUUUGGACGCGGUGGUCUCUGACUUCGGCCUCGCCAAACUAGUUUCGGACGAGUCCGGACAGACCCAGACGACGAAGCUCUUUGGGACGAUGGGAUACAUGGCCCCCGAGUACUUGCACGGUCACGUGACCGACAAGAACGACGUGUAUAGUUUCGGCGUCGUUCUCUUGGAGCUCAUCUCAGGCCGGCGCGCGGUGAUUGCGAAAGACUUGGACAUCGUUCAAUGGGCGAGAAGGUUCAUUCAGAGCAGCGCGGCGCCGCUCGAUGCGCUGGCCGACCCGCUGAUCCAGGGCACGUGGCCUGAGGGGUCUCUGCAGUGGGUCGUGGAACUAGCUAUGGCGUGCGUCGACUUCGACUCUUCGCAGCGGCCGAGGAUGGCUGACGUGGCAAGCGCCCUGGAAAUCGUUCUGCGGGAGAUGAGGAAGCGCCAGCCCGCCGCUGCAGACGUCGGUGCCGCCGACCAGCUGACGUCACCCAACCCGCCCGUGACGUCAGCAAACGGCUCUUCGCCGCAGACAGUUUCAGCCGAAUUCUCCAUGACCGAGUUCUUGGGCUGUCUCAAGAAGGCGUGACGUAAAUAUAGCCGCCCGUUGCACGAAACCGCUCGCGAAACACGCGGCAGCGGCGCGCAAGGGAGAGGACCGUCUCGACGGCUUAUUGUGCGGUUGAUUCGCAAACACAGGAGUUUAUGGCCCUUAAGCAAGGAUGGUUCUGGGCUGGUUAGAAAGUGGUUACCCGCCAGAUUUCCAGGGGUAACCAGAAGCUAGGUUCAAGCCCGGUUGAUUGUCCAAUAACCCAAGACUCAAGCCUGGUAGUUGAGCUGGUUAGCAGGCAAACCUUGAUGUGUUAUAGAGGGGCGGGAAGUUGUGUUCAAGUUAAAAGCAAUGCGCCCGCGCGCAGGGGUCUAUUGCGGCCGCGCGCAACCUGGAGGUGUUGCUGGAGGUGGCAGAGAAUUGUACGAGGUGUUAGAUGUAGCGGAAAUAAUCUGAUUUCGUACGUUGCAACGGAUUAAGGUAGGGUCGUUUAACAGGGUCUAUAUAAGUGAAUGAAAGGCACAGAGAGCAGUCCGUUUGAGUUUGCUGGCAUGAACUGUGUGGGCAUUACGUCUGCAACCGUUUGUCGAAGCAUUCGGCACCACAGCGUUAUUGAAGUUCGAGAUGCAAAGUUGCCGGCAUCUCCCUCAUCAAC